AUGUCUAUAUUUAAUGUCUCUCUAACGUUUCUCAUUUUUCAUUGCGCCUUUGCUGAAUUGAGGUCUCAACUCUCCAAAAAUCAGGUUUCCCUCAUCCAACAACUCCUACAUGAAUUUGGCGGAAUCAAACUCUCCUUCGAGUCGCUGAGUCAACAGUUCCCAGAAAAUGAGAUUUUCUUUUCUUUAUUGAAUCCGGAAGAAUCAGUGCCGUUAAUUGAAUUGGGUCGGAGGGAAAAUCUGAUAUCACUUUCGAUUGCUGAGGAAAAUCUUUCAAAAAUAUGGGAAACAGAGCUGAAAGGGUUUGUACAACUCUACUUUCGACAAGAUGAAACGGGGAAUUUGGUGGUGGAAACGGAUAAUGAUGGGCAGCGAUCAGAUUGUGUUUCAAAUGAAAUCUCGAAGAGAAUAAAAGACGGUCAAUUCAAAGUGCUGAUUCAUCCAAAUGUGAGUGUCAAUGUGACGAUGUCGAUGACAAAUUCGUUCAAAACGCAGAAAAGUUGUGAAAAAGCUGACGAGGUGUUCGUUAAUGAGACCAAAUCAGUUGGUGACAAUGGCAAAGCCAAGCAUUUGGAACACUAUUGUGAAUAUAGUGGUCUCUUUUACGCGUCCGGAUCAACUUUUCAGCCGGGAGCCUGUGAACGCUGCAGAUGCAGUGAUGGGGCGAUUGCUUGCACAUUUGAAUCCCCUGUUCCGUGUGAUGACUCAACUCCAGAAUGGCUUCGUGGCUGUUGCCCGAAGGUCCAUCAGACCGAUUUUUGCUCUCCGUCUCCAUGCGGAUCGGACGCAAAUUGCACAAAUCUCAUUGAUCGAGCCGAUUGUGUUUGUCAAGAGGGGUUCACCGGCGAUGGAAUCACGUGCGCCGAUGUGGAUGAGUGCCAAUUCGAUGAGGCUGCGAGAGAACAAUUGGGCGGAUGCUUGGUGGGAACGAUUUGUGUGAACACUCCCGGCUCGUUCCGGUGUGAUUGUCUGCCCGGACAUCAACGGAUCGACGAUCGAAAUUGCCUUGACGUACUUCGCAUU